UGGGAAAGGGGCUGGCUGCCUGCAGCGAGGUCAGGGGGUCUGGAGCACUCGGGGCUGUGGCAGGGCGAGGAAGUGCUGAUAAAAGGGGUGAGGAGAAAGCCCUCGGCAUCAACCACGAAGGAGGCUGCUGCGAGGAGAGGGAGCUGCGAGCAUGGGGCCUGCAGUGCUGCUGAUCAGCGCCCUGGCCUGGACCGUGCUGGAGACUGCAGCUGCCACCGAGCGGAGCUGUGCGAAGCCCCUGGAGAUUGACCACGGCUUCGUGGAGCACCUGGUGCGGUACCGCUGCCGCCCGCACUACCGGCUGCGCGGCGCCGGGGACGGCACGUACAGGUGUGAUGAGGAUCACGAGUGGGUGAACCCUGAAGCUGGCAAGGAGGUACCUGUCUGUGAGCCAGUGUGUGGGAAGCCCAAGAACCCCCCGAGGCAGCUGCAGCGCAUCAUUGGGGGGCUGCUGGCUGCGAAGGGCAGCUUCCCCUGGCAGGGCCGGCUGGUGACACGCCACAACCUCACCACGGGGGCCACGCUCAUCAGUGACCAGUGGCUGCUGACCACGGGCUGGAACGUGUUCCUGAACCACAGCGAGGAUGCCAAGCCAGAGGAGAUUGCCCCAACGCUGCAGCUCUUCCUGGGCAGCCCGGGGAGCCCUGCCCUGGGCAUCGAGCGCGUGGUGCUGCACCCCAGCUACCCACAGGCCGUGGACCUGGCGCUGCUGAAGCUGAAGCAGGAGGUGCUGCUGGGAGAGGAGGUGAUGCCCAUCUGCCUGCCCCAGAAGAACUACGUGCAGCCGGGGCGGGUGGGUUAUGUCUCGGGCUGGGGCCGCGGGGCCACCCUCGCCUUUCCCAGCACGCUCAAGUACGCGAUGCUGCCGGUGGCGGAGGGCGGGACGUGCAGGCGGUACUACCAGGCGCGGAACGGCUCCCACUGGGUCCAGCCCAUCCUAAGCAGUGACACCUUCUGCGUGGGCAUGAGCGAGCUGCAGGAGGACACCUGCUACGGGGACGCCGGCGGCGCCUUCGCCGUGCACGACCCCGAGGACGACACCUGGUACGCGGCCGGCAUCCUCAGCUACGACAAGACCUGCUCGGCCUCCAAGUACGGCGUCUAUGUGGACCUGCAGCGCGUCCUGGCCUGGGUCAAGGACACCAUGGCGGCCGGCUGAGGGGGUGGCAGGGGAAUAAAGCAGUAGAGCUGUCCCGCCCCCG